AUGCAAAUCUCCACUCAUUUCCUCCUCCAAAACACUCCAUUUCUCUCGUUCCGCCACCGCGACCGCCACCGCCCCUCCUAUCAUACAACCAGACCCUUCGGAUUCAAACUCAUCAACUCGUUCGCCAACUCAUCCGAACUUGUCACCGCCCUACAGAGCGAAACCCUAAAAACCUUAGAAUGGCCUUCCCUUUGCAAUUACCUCUCUCCCUUCACAUCUACUUCCAUGGCACUCUCCCUCGCCAAAACCGCAGCAAUUCCCAUCGGUCAAUCACAGGAAGAGUCCCAGAAGCUUCUUGACCAAACCACUUCCGCUUUGCACGCCAUGGAGGCCUUGAAGUCAGACCCGUUGGAUCUCUCUGCAAUCGAAAACGUCUCCGAGAUCCUUCACUCCGCGGCUUCAGGACAGCUGUUAACAGUGAGGGAGCUUUGCAGAGUUCGGAGGAUGCUCCGCGCCGCAAGAGCUAUCUCUGAGAAGUUGGCCGCGGUUGCCGAAGAAUGUUCCUCGGAGAGGUACACUCCAUUGCUUGAAAUACUUCAAAAUUGUAAUUUCCAGAUGAAAUUGGAGCAAAAGAUUGGAUUUUGCAUAGACUGCAGCCUUUCGACUAUCCUUGGUAGAGCUAGUGAAGAUUUGGAACUUAUUAGGGCGGAAAGGAAGAGGAACAUGGAAAAUCUGGAUUCUCUGUUGAAAGAAGUAUCAGUUAGUAUAUUUCAGUCUGGAGGCAUUGAUAAACCUUUAAUAACCAAGCGGCGGUCAAGGAUGUGUGUGGGUGUCAGGGCUUCCCAUAAAUAUCUGCUUCCAGGUGGUGUGGUUCUAAAUGUUAGUAGUUCUGGUGCAACAUACUUUGUGGAGCCCAAAGAAGCAGUUGAGUUGAACAACAUGGAAGUAAAGCUUUCAAAUUCUGAAAAAGCUGAGGAAAUGGCUAUCCUGUGCCUGCUUACAUCUGAGAUUGCAGAAUCAGAAGCUGAGAUAAAGUAUUUGUUGGAUAGACUUGUAGAAAUUGAUCUCGCUUUUGCUAGAGCUGCAUAUGCUCAGUGGGUGAAUGGUGUCCGUCCAACUUUAAGUUCAAAGGAACCCGAAGUGUUAAUUUCUAACAGAUCAGAUAAUGCUUUCUCAAUAGAUAUUGAAGGAAUAAAGCAUCCACUUCUCCUUGGGUCUUCUCUAAGAAAUUUUUCAGAUUCCAUCACAUCCAACCCCACGGAUUCAUCUAUUUUGGGCAAAAGUGAUGGAAUGGCUCCUAUAAAGUCUUCAAAAGGUUUAUGUGGCUUUCCUGUUCCUGUAGAUAUUAAAGUUCAAUGUGGAACAAGGGUGGUCGUUAUCUCAGGACCCAAUACAGGAGGUAAAACUGCUUCAAUGAAAACUUUGGGAUUGGUGUCCAUCAUGUCAAAGGCUGGCAUGUAUUUGCCCGCUAAGAAGCAGCCAACACUGCCAUGGUUUGAUCUUGUUCUUGCAGAUAUUGGAGACAGCCAGUCUUUGGAACAAAGUCUUUCAACAUUUAGUGGCCACGUAUCAAGAAUUUGUGAUAUCUUGGAAGUAGCCUCAAAAGAAUCACUUGUCCUCAUUGAUGAAAUUGGUUGUGGAACUGAUCCUUCUGAAGGUGUGGCUCUAUCCACCAGUAUCUUGCAGUAUCUAAAGAAUCAUGUCAACUUAGUUGUCGUAACAACCCAUUAUGCGGAUUUAAGUCGCCUUAAAGAUAUGGAUUCUCAGUACGAGAAUGCGGCCAUGGAAUUUUCGUUGGAGACCUUACAACCUACAUACCGGUUACUCUGGGGUAGCACGGGUAAUUCAAAUGCAUUGGCCAUUGCUAAAUCAAUUGGUUUUGAUGGAAAUAUAAUUGAACGAGCAAAGAUGUGGGUGGAGAGUCUAAAGCCAGAAAAGCAGCAGGAGCGUAAAGGUGUGCUCUAUCAAUCACUAAUGGAGGAAAGGAACAGACUGGAAGCUCAGUUCAAGAGGGCUGAAUCUCUUCAUGCAGAAGUUAUGAAACUUUAUCAUGAGGUUAGGGUUGAGGCAGAUAAUCUUGAAGAGCGUGGGAUAGCUCUCAGGGCACAGGAAACCCAAAAGGUUCAACAAGAACUAAAAGCUGCAAAAUCCCAAAUUGAAACUGUGGUACGGGAAUUUGAGGAUCAGCUCCAAACUGCUGAUUCUGAGGAGUUCAAUGCAUUGAUUAGGAAAUCGGAAUCUGCUAUUAACUCCAUUCUAAAAGCUCAUCGACAUGGUGACAGUUUCUCUUUUACUGAAACAGAUGCACGUUCAUAUCAACCUCAGUCUGGUGAGCAAGUCCUUGUGAUGAGACUAGGAAACAAGUUAGCUACUGUUGUUGCAGCAUCUGAGGAUGAGAACACUGUGCUAAUUCAAUACGGUAAAAUUAGGGUCCGAGUUGAGAAGAGUAACGUUAGACCUAUUUCAAGUAGCAAAAGAAACGAUGCAAUCAGCUCCAGGCAGAGUUUCAAAAGACAGGAAGAACAGAGCAGAGAAUUCCCCAGCAAUUCAAACACCACAGAAAGUGGUGUGACUACUUUUGGCCCGUUAAUUCAGACCUCAAAGAACACCGUGGAUCUCCGUGGUAUGCGAGUGGAAGAGGCUGCUCACCAACUUGACAUCGCCAUCGCAGAAAGAGGAUCAAACUCGGUUCUGUUUGUUGUGCAUGGCAUGGGCACUGGUGUCGUUAAGGAGCGAGCACUGGAAAUAUUAAGAAAUCACCCACGCGUGAUGAAGUACGAACAGGAUAAUCCGAUGAAUUAUGGCUGUACAGUUGCUUACAUCAAUUAAAGGACGUUCAUUUUCCUUU